AUGGAUAUAUUCCGUUUGUUCAUUAUAUCAUUGAUGCCAGUUCUAAAGGUACUUCUGGUUAUAAUUGCUGGCUUAAUCCUCGCAACUCAACGUUUUGAUCUUUUAGGGUGUGAUGCAAGGCGCCAUUUGAAUAACAUGGUGUUUUAUGUGUUCUAUCCUGCACUCAUUGGUUGCGGUCUUGCUGAUACAAUGACUCUUGAAGGUUUAGCUGACUUGUGGUUCUUACCAGUAAAUGUGUUAAUCACAUGUGUAAUCGGUUCAAUUCUUGGAUGGAUUCUAGUAAUAGUUACAAAACCUCCUCGACACCUAUGGGGACUUGUCAUUUCUUGCACUUCUGCAGCAAAUUUGGGAAACAUGCUUCUCAUCAUACUUCCAGCACUGUGUGAAGAGAAGAAUAAUCCAUUUGGAGGAGUAGCAUCCACUUGUUCUGCUAAUGGAAAGGCUUAUGCUUCACUUUCUCUAGCGGUAUAUCAUCUAUUAUGCUUUCUUCUUCAUUAUCCAACUGAAUUUUUUGUCAAUGAUGAGGCUAUUUUUAAUGAAAAAUAUUUGAUUCAAAUAAUCUAUAUAUGGUCCGUUCUAUAUUUUCUUCUACGAAUGUAUGCAAAUAAUGAAGUUAAAGAAACUAACUCAAAUAACUCCAUUAUCGUCGCUGCCAAUGGUUGCACUAAGGAUGUCUUACAUGAUCCUGUUGGCUUGCCUCAAAUUCACAAUGAUGGAAACCAAAAGGUUUCAACUACUGUAAAGUUCAAGCAAUUGUUUAUGAAGAUUAUGAGAAGUGAGAACUUAAGAAAGAUUUUUGCGCCAGCUACAAUUGCAGCUAUUGUUGGGUUCCUUAUCGGAAUAGCAACUCCAAUCCGAAAGACAUUCAUUGGUGAUAAUGCUCCACUUCGUGUUAUCUACAGUGCUACUGAACUAAUAGGAAAUGCUGGUAUCCCAUCCAUUACUCUGAUAGUAGGAGCAAAUCUUCUUAAAGGGUUAAGUGGAUCAGGUGUAGGGCCAUCUGUUAUUAUAGGAAUCCUUAUCAUAAGGAACAUUUUCUUGCCUAUAUCUGGCAUUGGUGUUAUAAAAGCUGCAAAGCAUUUGAGCCUGGUGGAUGAAGACUCAUUUUAUCUCUUCACUUUGCUAAUUCAAUAUGCCAUUCCACCUGCAAUGAAUAUAGGUACCAUAAGCCAGAUGUUAGGAAGUGGUGAGAGUGAAUUUUCAAUGAUUAUGCUUUGGAAUUAUAUUGUAGCAAUAUUGACCCUUACCUUCUGGAUAGUCUUCUAUAUGUGGCUUGUCAUUUAGAAGUUUUUGAUAAUCUUCUUCAAUAUCACUUCAUGUUGCCAUCUACAUAUAUGCAAACGACUUUGCAAAUUAUUUCAUGUAUUUAUACAAAUAAAUCAAAUAGUUACGAAUUAGUGUAUG